GGAUGGACCUCUCGGCCAACCAGGACGAGGAGGGUGACCAGGAGACCUACCAGCUGGAGAUCAACAAGGACACCAAGAAAUGCGCCUUCAGGACCUACACCGGGAAGUACUGGACCCUCACCUCCAACGGGGGCAUCCAGUCCACCGCCUCCACAAAGAACGCCAGCUGCUAUUUCGACAUCGAGUGGUGCGACAAGCGCAUCACCCUGAAAGCGGCCAACGGCAAGUACGUGACGGCGAAGAAGAACGGGCAGCUGGCGGCCUCCAUGGAGACCGCGGGCGAGACGGAGCAUUUCGUGAUGAAGCUGAUCAACAGGCCCAUCAUCGUCCUGCGCGGUGAGCACGGCUUCAUCGGCUGCCGGAAGGUGACCGGGACCCUGGACUCCAACCGCUCGUCCUACGACGUCUUCCAGCUGGAGUUCAACGACGGCGCCUACAACAUCAAGGAUGCCACCGGGAAGUACUGGAUGGUGGGGAGCGAGUCGUCCGUCACCAGCAGCAGCGACAGCCCCGUGGACUUCUUUUUUGAGUUCUGCGACUAUAACAAAGUGGCCAUCAAAAUCAACGGCAAAUACCUGAAGGGCGACCACGCCGGGGUCCUCAAGGCCUCCGCCGACGCCAUCGAUGCCUCCACCCUCUGGGAAUAUUAAUGCACUUUAGCGUCCCUCCCGUUGCCAACUUUUCUUUCCCCUCCUUCGUCCUUUCUUCCUUUGGGUUUUGUUU